GUGUGGUUCAGCAACCGACGAGCGCGAUGGAGAAAGCAGAUGGGGAACCAGCAAGCCGGCUCGUUCGGCUCUCUGGCGUUCCCCGUCUCCUACCCUGCCGGCCAAUACGGCGGUCUCACCGAGUCCGGCAUGCAGCACCACGACCCGUCCGCCUGGAGUCGGUCGGCCGGCUACAGCCCGGCGCUGCUGCAGCAGCAGUCGUGCGCCGGCUUCCAGGCGUUCCCGGACGGCUCGGGCGUGCACAGUCUGCAGACGCAGGCGGCGCUGCAGACGCAGAUGGCCAGUCUGCUCGGCUCGGCCGGCGUGCCCAUGUCCGGGUCGGCCGGCUGGAACUUCCACGGGAAGGAGUCGGCCACGUCUCAGACGUCCGGCGCCGCCAGCUCCACGCCCGCGGCCUGGAACCACUCCUUCACCGGCGCCGACAACUACAACAUGGCGUCCAGCAGCGACUUCCUCAUGCCCUCUCACUACGGCGGCCAGUUCCCCGCCAAUGGCUACAAUCACCAGCAACUCAAGCAGCGUGGUCUCGGUCUGUUCUGA